AUGCCUACAUUGUCUACCCCUUUCGGAACCCCUUAGACUGGCCUUUUCAGUGUACUGUUUUAUAAAGCCAUUUUUCUGAGCUUGGCGGUAGGUGAGUUACUCAUGUCGGAUUUACAACUGGUAAAAGUGCUUCAAAAGACAUAGUGCUAUCUAAACUAAAUCUAUUCAGGAGCUGAGGUGCAUAGACGUAGUUUGUUCUGCUCUUAAUAAUGGAAGGAAACUAUUCACGAGAACUGUAUUCGAACACGUUUUCCGACUACAAUGAAAACUACGUUGGUUCACAAAAUGGCGAUACAGCAACAGACAUUCAUAGAAACAUUCCGGGAGGACAGAUAUACAUAUUCCCUCAGGAUAUAAAGGAGGAACUACCAGUAAUGAACGAAGCGAGCAUGUCGCUGGAAGAUGGCUUUGAAUGCGACGAUUCAGAAGGUAUGACAACCAAUAACAUGCGCGAACAGAUAAACUCGAACAAUUUUUGUGAUAACGGUAAAAAGUCCGGUUCUAGGCGGAGAAAGCGCCCUAUUCCUAAAGGAAAGCCCCCGUACAGUUACAUCGCACUCAUCAGCAUGGCCAUAUGCAAUGCCGAGGACCGAAAAAUGACACUACACGACAUCUACAAAUUCAUCAUGGAGAAGUUCCCUUACUACAGAGAUCAUCCCAAUGCUAAAGGCUGGAAGGGGUCUAUUCGUCACAACCUUGCCCUCAACGAGUGUUUCAUCAAGCUCCCCCGCCGUAGCGGGAUGAAGGGGCACGAUUGGGCCAUCAACCCGGAUUAUGAGGAUAUGUUUGACCAUGGAAGCUUUCUCCGGCGUCGGUAUAGAUUCAAGGACGGAUCACGGAAGAAGUCCCGACUCGGAGCGACUCCAGGAUCCCUGAACACCCCGUUACCUCCAGUGGAUAUUCUGAACAACCAGGACCACUUUCCCAACCGAUCUGGAUACAUCCAUCAAUUCCAGCCCAAACCUUACAACCAGUUGAAUGAGAUCAAACCAAACCAGGUGGUCACCCCUCUAUGGAACCCCUUCGUGGAGAGGUCUCCCCCGCCCCCGUACCCAGAUAUCAAAAGCCCGCCAUCUUACGCCAACACGAGUCUGGAAUCGACAUCACCCGUUUCCAAUGUGGACGGACACUUGAAUUCUUCUGGGAACAGCGCAUCGCCGGACACCCCCCGUGGGCCUCCCCCUAACUACGGCCACAGUAAUGGGUUCCCCGGAUUCUGGCCGCACGGUCAGGGUUUCGGCUCUGGCUGUCCAUUUCCUGCCUUUACAUUCCCUCAAAACGCCCACGAUAACAACGCCUACCAAAUGAACGCCAACCCUGCCUGUACAACAGCGAUGUAUGCCAAGUUCUUCACCCCCGGACAACAUAUUCCGGAUGCUGCGCAAUGGCCCUCUAUAUGAACAGAACAUUUCGGAUGCUCCACUGUGGUCCUCCGGUCCAUGAACAAUGUUGAAGUGAAUGCGCUCGUAUCAGAAAUGUCACUUGUUACUGUACUUCUUUUUCACAGAAAAGGUGCUAUUCGUUUUAAACAACAUUUUAAUUUUUGCAAUCAAUGCUUUUAAAUUGUAGAUAUGUUCUUUUAUUCGAAAGAAAAAUAAACAUUUUAUAUUUGU